AUGGGCGCGUGUGCGUCUUCUCAUUCUGCGACGAUGACAAAAACGACAAGUGCUAGUGCUAAGGGCGGCAUUGCGUGUGCGACGGAGUCUUUCCGGAGACCGUCGUCGAUCGUGGUGAUGGACAUGAUGGGGGGAACAAAAGAGUACAGACAACCGAUCCCCGCGAGCAUGGUGCUUUCGGAGAACCCGAAUUGUUACCUCUGCAAUUCAGAGUCAAUGUACAUCGGCACGUGCAUGCCACGCAUGGCCGAUGAGGAGGAGCUUCAACCUGGCCGAAUCUACUUCCUCGUCCCACUCUCUCAUUUUCAUUCCCCUUUGUCCCUCCGUCUUCUCUGUGAUCUCGCCGUUAAAGCCAGCACUGCACUUGUCAAAACUAACGAUAACGGAGUCUCUGUUCAGCGCCCCUUAUUUACAACUGCACGUACGAAUACCCGUUCAGAGGAAGAUAAGGUCAAAAUGAAAACGUUCCAUCAUCCACUGUUUUCGCUGGCGGCUUUAGCCAUUUUCCUCGUCUCAGCCACCGCGCCGGAGCCUGCGCCGCCGCCUCCGACGCUCACGGCAGCUGCGAGGGAGUUCUUAGAGGCGCACAACGAGGCAAGAGGCGCAGUGGGCGUGGAACCGCUGAAGUGGAGCGAGAAGCUGGCGAACUUGACGAGUCUUCUGGUUCGGUACCAAAGGAACAAAAAGGGAUGCGAAUUCGCGAACCUCACCGCGAGCAAGUACGGCGGAAACCAGCUGUGGGCGGGCAUGAUGGCGGUGACACCGAGCGCGGCGGUGGAGGAGUGGGUGAAGGAGAAAGAUUUCUACAUUCACGCGAAUAAUACGUGCGUGUCUAAGCACGAGUGCGGCGUUUACACGCAGGUUGUGUGGAGGAAUUCAACGGAAUUGGGGUGCAGUCAAGCGACGUGUGUGAAGGAGCAAGCUAGCUUGACCAUUUGUUUCUAUGAUCCACCUGGAAACGUCAUUGGGGAGACCCCUUACUAAUUAUGCUAAUUCUGCAUUCCUUUCACUAUCUCUUUAAUUAUAUGUAUCAUCAAGCAUAUGCUAUUUAAGUGUUAGAUUAGGUGUAGCCGUGUAGGCGUAAUGUCGUAAGAAUGUAAUAUUGCUAUGUCAAUUUGUCAAUGUCAUGCCACGAAUUGCAUUACAUAUAUAUGAAGUGAAUCGGAAUCAGCUAGUAGCAUGGCACAAGAUAAGAUUGCAUGGAUUUAUUUGUUUUGACUUAAGUUAUUUCCUCUCCUACCUGUGUAUUUUUGAAAGGUGGAUCUUAAGUGCGUCCUUUCCACACUUUUAUUACUUAAAUAAUUAAAAAUUAAUAUUGAAUGUAAUUAGAAAUCUGGCUUUAAAAGCUCUAGUUAUAUAUGAAAGGGGAAUUGUCUCAGCCUUAAGAAGGUUUUCUGAUCAUAUUUUUAAACGCAUUUCUUGAUCCUGGAAUGGGAUAAAUUAUGUACGAAAUUUGCCUCAGAGAAUACUUAUGGCUAAUCUAAGAUUUAAAUUGAAUAAUUUAUGAUAUAGACGUUAAAAAAUUGGGUCUAAUGAGAGAGGAUUGUCUAACAUAUAAUUAUUUUUAUCUUUUAUUUGUUUGUAUACAGAUGCAACCUGAAAAAGCAGCUCAGUGAUUGGGCUGGUGCUUUUGGGGUACGAGUAGUGGAAGUGGAUAUCGUGAUAUCACUGACGAAUAAUUAGCCUGGAGUUCACGUGCACAUAAGGGAUCAAAUACGGACUUGGAUCAACAUGUGAACCUAAAAAUCUUGCAACGUCAUCUUAAAUUUUAGUACGUGGAUCAUACUUGAGAUUGGAGAUUAUUUUCCUAUAUUGUUCUGUUCUUUGGUUCCAUUUGGGUUCCAAGCUGGAGACGCAAAAUCGGUUUUAGGUGCAGACUAGUCAAACAAACACUAAACUCGUUAUAGUAAAUCAUUUAUGAUUUUUUUACCGCUGCCACGUCGUGUGAUUAUAUUAUUGGUGAUCUAAAACCCCCCCACCUUUGAUUUUCAUGUUUUCUGCUAUCAUUUGUUUUGUCUUUAAGCUUAUAUUAAUAGUUUAAUUCCCAACAAGUUAGACAAUCACCAAACAUAUACAUGUGGUGUGGGAUUUGUACGUUAGUAACACAUUAUUUACACCGCUCGCUGCAGAAUCUCAAUUAUUUUGACACACUACUGCAACUACAGGUUCUCCAAUGACAUAACAAGACAUUACAAAUGCAAAAUGCUUCACAUGCAUUGCAAUAUUAUAUUUUCUGUUGAUGCUACCUCCGACUUUGUACAAAAAGAAUUACGUAGAUCAAACAAUGCCAAUCGUCUCCCACAC